CGUUCACUUUGUAUCUGUAACUAGCUACUAGAAAUGGCUGACCUUGAGAAGUUGCUUCUGGAGGCAGCUGGAAGAACUGGCUCAUCUGGGAGGAAGCGGCAGUCACCCCCAUUAUCACGAAGGCGACGUGAGGGUUCAUACUCUGACAAUGGAAGUGACUCAAAGGAAGAUGACUCAGACGAUGAUCGUCGUUAUUCCAGCAGGAACCGCUCGUCAUCACAAGUUCCUUUAAAGAAAAGGUUAAGUCAAUUAGAAAGAGAUGUCGGACAUAGAAGCCGAGAAGAAGGUGAUGUUGGUUAUGGUCGGGAGGGUGAUAGUGAUGAUGACUCAAUCGGAAGUGAUCUCUACAAGGAUGAAGAUGACAGAAAAAAGCUUGCAGAAAUGACAGAACUGGAGCGAGAGAUGAUAUUGACAGAGCGUUCAACUAAGAAAACAGAUAGGAAGAUGCAAGAAAAACUGAGAAUGCAGAAAGAGAAGAUGAACCAAUCCAGAAAAAUUAGUCCUCCUCAUGUAUCAUCUCGCACAGGGGUGCGGUCUUCUGCCAGAUAUGCUGACAGGGCAGCUGCCAAAGGUGAUGCUUUAAAUGAGUUAAGAGCAAAGAGAUUGAAGCAUCAGGAUCUUGAGGCUCGGUGGAAAUUUAAUAGAGAUUCAACCAGUGGCGGUACUUCUGAAAGUCGUAGAUUUUCACCUGUUAAGAAGAGAUUCGUUCCGGAAACAGCUGUAAGUAGCUCCAGCCAAAGUGCAAGUGGCUCCCGAAGCGAAGAUGACGGGUCCACAGGAUAUGGUGAUAGUGAUGAUGACAACACAUCACCAAAGUCAGCAGUUCUUAGGUUUGAGGAUGUUAAGGAGAUCACUAUUCAAAGGUCAAAGUUAGCUAGAUGGCAUAUGGAGCCUUUUUUUGAUGACUUAAUAGUAGGUUGCUUUGUACGGGUUGGAAUUGCGAGGGCGAGGAAUGGGCCAAUCUACAGGCUCUGUGUUGUAAAAAAUGUUGAUUCAUCAAACCCUGAAAAACAUUACAAGCUUAAUAACAUGAUAACCUACAAAUAUCUAAAUGUUGUAUGGGGUAAUGAAAAUUCUGCCGCUAGGUGGCAGAUGGCUAUGAUUUCAGAAUCCCCUCCAACUGAAGAGGAGUUUGACCAGUGGGUUAAGGAGGUUAAGCGCAGUGGUGGGCGGAUGCCUAGCAAACAGGAUGUGUCGGAGAAGAAAGAUGCAAUUCAGAAGACAAGCACAUAUGUCUACUCCGCUGCCACUGUGAAACACAUGCUCCAGGAGAAAAAAUCAGCCACGUGUAGGCCACUAAACAUUGCAGCUGAGAAGGACCGGUUGAGAAGGGAAAUGGAUGUGGCCAUAAGUAAGAAUGAUGAGGCAGAAGUUGAGAGGAUUAACACAAGACUUUUGGAACUUGAGGCUUCCCGUCAAACUCAAACAAAAGAUUGCAAGGCUAUUAAGCUGGAAGAAAUGAACAGAAAGAACAGGGUUGAUAAUUUUAAAAAUGCAUCUGGUAUUAAAUCAGCUAUUGGCUUAAAAGCUGGUGAUGCUGGCUAUGACCCAUUUUCAAGGAGAUGGACGAGAUCUAGGAAUUACUAUGUUCCAAAGGCAAGUGGAGGAGAUGAGGCUGCAGUGGCAGAAGAUGAACAGACUGCUGCAGUGGUAGGUCCUGAUGGCAGUGGAGCAGUAGGUGGGGUUGUAACUGAGGCUGGUGAAGUGGCGACCGCAGCAGCAUUGGUGGCUGCAGCUGAUGCUGGUAAAUUGGUGGAUACCAGUGCUCCUGUGGAUCAGGAAACUGAGUCAAAUAUGUUGCAUAACUUUGAGCUGCCAAUCUCAUUAGCUUUAUUGGAGAAGUUUGGUGGUGCCCAAGGAGCUCAAGCAGGAUUCAUGGCAAGGAAACAGAGGAUAGAGGCAACAGUAGGACGCCAGGUCCCAGAGAAUGAUGGAAGGACACAUGCCCAGACGCUGACAAUUAGUGACUAUAAGAGGCGUAGAGGGCUUCUAUAGGAC